UUGAGCCGCGGUUUGUUUUUCUCUGUUCGUAGAGGAGCUGAAAAAACGUCUAUGAGUUUCUUCGAACAACUUGCAGGCCAAUUGAGAUGUAUUUGGAAAUUUGAUCUUAAAUUUGAAACGGAACUGGAUCUUAACUGAAAACAUCGCAGGAGGAGUCGUCUGGCCGCAUAGCCUGCUGGGUAAUAUGUACGACAGCGCUACGUUGAUUGGCGCAUGGGGGCUGAAAGUCUACAAAAAAUACAAUAAAGUAAAGCAUCGUGUUUACUGAGGAAACCAGCGGCUUAUAAAGCAUGUCCGCAUCUCUGUCUGCAGAGAGAGACAGAAUACAGCGACAGGUGGAGGAGCUUGAACAGAGUCUCUCUGCAACACAAGCUCAGCUGGAGCUGCUGAGUAGUGAGACAGAUGAUGAAUCAGAUGGCAGUGACACAGAUUUGGCAGGGGCACAGUCUGCAGCAGGUCUGCUGGCUCAAAGAGACAAGAUCCAGGAGGAAAUCCAGAAGCUGGAAAAAACGCUGGGACCACACAGUCCCAUUUGUGUGUCAGAUAACGACAGCAGCAGCAGCAGUGAUGAGAGUGAGCUCAGUCUGCCCCCGUCAGUGGACUCAUGUCUUCAGAUGAACCUUGUUUACCAGCAGGUGGUUCAGGAGACUCUGGACCAGCUGGAGGUACUACUGAAACAAAACCAAAGACAGCAGAAUGAAGUGAUGUCUCAGCUGUCUGGAUCAAUCAAAGAGGGUCCCAGGGAACGAGGCCCGCCAUCCUCUUAUGAGAAGUCGUCUAACAUGUUCCUGGGCCACUUUCUCAAACCCUAUUUCAAGGACAAACUAACAGGGCUGGGUCCUCCAGCCAAUCAGGAGGCAAAGGAGAAGGCCCUCAGGGUGACAAACUGUCCAGACAGAAAGAAAUUCAGAGUGAUGCGAUGGGAGAGUUGGCAGAAAACUUUGCUGAUCCACUCUAUUGCCGAAGACACUCUGAAGAGACUUGUCCAGCCCAAACUUUCCAAAAUUGACUACUUGAGUAAGAAGCUGUCAUCAGCAAAGGAGGAGGACAGACAGCAGCUCCAACAGCAAAUAGACAGUUUGGAGAAGGAAAUCGACAUGCUCAAGAUGAAGAAGGAGGAGGAACUUACUGGAGAACGAUAUGAUGAACACGACUGGCAAAAAAUUGCAAAUAUUGAUUUUGAAGGAACAAAGGAUGCAGAGGACAUUCAAAGAUUCUGGCAAAACUUCCUCCACCCAAGCAUCAAUAAGACCUGCUGGAGUCAGGAGGAGGUGCAGCAGCUGAGGGAGAUCAGCGGGAAACACCGAGAGAGAGAAUGGGAGAGCAUUGCCUCAGAGCUAGGGACUGGGCGGACAGCCUUCAUGUGUCUUCAGACAUUCCAGCGAUUCAUCUCAGGAUCAUUGAAACAUCGCAGUUGGACUCCAGCUGAAGACGCUCUGCUCAAAGAGCUGGUGGAAAAAAUGAGGAUCGGAAACUUCAUCCCAUACACUCAGAUGAGUUACUUCAUGGAAGGUCGUGAACCUUCUCAGCUGAUCUACAGGUGGAACCAUGUUUUGGACCCCAGCAUAAAGAAAGGCCCAUGGACCAAGAAGGAAGAUGAGCUGCUUCUGCGAGCUGUGGCCCAUUAUGGAGAAAAGGACUGGUGGAGGAUCAGGUUGGAAGUUCCAGGGCGCACUGACAGUUCUUGUAGAGACAGGUAUCUUGAUUGUCUGAGGGCAGACUUAAAGAGAACACCUUUCGACAAACAGGAGAAAGAGUUGCUGCUACAACUGGUGGAAAAACAUGGUGUGGGACACUGGGCAAAGAUUGCUGCUGAGAUUCCUCAUCGUAGUGAUGCUCAGUGUUUGAGAGAGUGGAAGAAACUGACCAGGAAACUCCUUGGCCAGACACAACACAAACCGAGAAAAAAAGCAGACAGACCAAGGCAGAAAGUAAAAAGGAGUAUUAGGAAACGGCUAAAUAGACUGAAGGAGAGCACAGAUGAAGAAAAUGAGACUGAAGAUGAGGAGACAGAGGUGGUGUACAUGGAUAGUGAUGAAGAGGAGAAAAAGGUAAGGAAGAAAGAAGAAAUAGAAGAGGAAAGAACUGAGAAGACAGAAGAGGAGUACACCAUCCCACCCUUGCAAAUGUGGAUUCCAGUAGAAAAAGCUCAAAGUUCAACAUCCCUAAGCUUUCGACUUGUGGAGCUGCCUACUUCUGGCAUCAAUGAAAAUGAGAGAGUCCGGUCAACCAUCCUUGGCCGACAUGGGCGCUCAGUAAUUAUCGGACCACGCCCCAAGGACAUACUGUGGGAGAACCGCCACAGUAGCCGUGCCAUGAUGAUGGUGUCAGCUGACCAGCUCCGUACCUACCUGUCCCAACAGGCAAGCAAACACAAACUGCUGGUUUCAGCUCCUCCUGGGAAGCCUGGGGCCAGCAAACAGAGCCACCAUAGCAGAGAGACCGAUACAGUUCUAGGAUACAGGAACCAGGUCGCAGUGAUUGCCUGGGUCGGUAACCUGCUGAUUCCUGCAAAAAAAAGAGUGACAGCAGCUGAUGUUCUAAGGGAGCAGGGAGAGAAGCGGCAGAUCUCCUCGACUUCUGUCUUCCUUCUUUUCCUCCAGACGAUGAAUGUGGACGCUGUGGGCUGUAAAGAGGUGAUAGAGCAGAGGAAGAGAAGGGUGAUAGUGUCAACACCAACUCGAUCCCCCGACCCUCUGCCUGUCAAGCCGAAGAAAUCAAGGACGGUUGCUGAAGUCCUUCAGCAGAGGGAAAAGAAAAAGCAGCUGCAGGAGAUGGAUCAUCAGCAGUACCUGAUUCUGGAGCAGCUUCAGGCACUGCAGCUACAAAGACAGCAGCAACUUCUGUUUAAACAUCUGCAGCAACUACAGCAUGCUCCUCUCCCAAAUCAACCCAGCAUUGUUCUUCAAAUGCAGCCUAACAGGCAUCCUCCCAUGUCAUUUCUUCAGGCUGUUUUCGCUCCUCCUUCUGUCACACAACCCCAUAAGGCCUCAGUCCAGUGUUUGCCCCCCACUUCCCCAAACACACGUCCUUGGGCUCCGUACAGAUCUCCCUCUGAUCUUCAGAGAAUGACUGUUCCUCCUCUCACUGUGGUAACAACACCCCCUUACGCUGCAACUCCCUCCUUUGCCUCUUUCCAGCAACAAACAGGAGCCUUGCCCCCUUGCCCUAGCGCAAUUGUUACUCAAGGUUUCAACUCCAGAUGCCCUGUUCCUGGCCCCUGCCAGCCUUUUCCGACUCCAUCAGAAUCCACCCUGACCCGACCCAAAAGGAUGGGGCAACAAAAAGCAGAAGUUCAAGAGGCAGUUAUGAGCAAUCCAAGUAGAGUGGAUAUUAAAGGGAAAGAUGAUGUUAUAAUUGGAGAGUGUGGAGGUGGAAACGAUGCAAGUGGGAUUGAGGAUGGGAAGAGGAUUCGAAAGCCAAGCAAGAAAGCCAAAGCUCUGCAGGAAGCAUCUGAGGCUAAGGCAAAGACAACAAAGAAACCUGCUUCUUCUCCAAGAAAGCGAGCUCAUACCAAACGGAAAAGCAGUCCUCCUCAGGAAGUCUGUACUGUGCCGGUUGAGCUUUUACCUCAGACUCCUACCUCUUCACUAACCACACCAAUCACAGGUGAAACAUCUUCACUUUCUGAGGUCAUCUGCUCACCUGUCAAAAAAACUGAAGCGGCUCACCCUCUCACAGAGGAGGUCCCUCCUGUCUCUGAGAAUCUGACCCAGGAUUCCCAUCAAGCUAGUCCCAACAGGAGCAUAACCUCCACUGACAAGGCUGUAUUAGCCUCGCCUUCUUCAAUACAGCCCAGUCAGCAUACUGCCUCUCUCAUUAGUUCUGUCAUGGAUGACCAUUCCUACAUCUCAUUAUUUCCUGUACCGACACCAAAAAGAUGUCGCUCUAGGAAGAGUAAAAAAAGCCCCUUCACUAGAAAGUCAAAACCCAGGGUCACCAACCCUAAAAAACCUCUCAUGAUCCCACCCAAAAAGAGAAAAUGGGCAUGCACAGAGGAGCAAGAGAGCAUGGAGAGCAGUCAGGAUGACCAAGAGGUGGGUAGCUCCAGUGAUGCUGUAGGAGAAAAGAGUGAUGCAGUGACUGUGACAGGAGAGGCUUUGAAUGGUACAGAUGAGCCUGAGAAGGGGAAAGAUGAUAACCAGAGCAGGUCACAUCCAGACGUUGUUAAGGAGGGAAAAAGGACUCGCAAGCCCAGUCAGAAGGCCAGAGCUCUUCAGGAAUCCAAAGAAGUCAAGGCUGAAGACAAGAAAAAGAAGGCUUUAUCUUCUUGUAAGAGGCGUCCUCGUACAUCAAAAUUUAAGGAGAAAGCAGUUGCACCAAAGCAGCCGCUGACUCUGGUCCAGGGGUUGUGUUUAAAUCCUGGUCAGCCAAUGCUUGUCAUGACUCCUAGAGGUUUGGUCCAGCUGGCAGGAGCCUCUCCACAAUGUAUGAACCUGCCAGCCCCACCAAGUACCCUACUCUCAGUUCUACCCAGAAAUACCUUACAGUCACAGCCAUCCACAGCCCCACUCUGCUCAGCUUCACCUCAUCCCGCUGGUGUGUCCAUUCCUGUUAACGUCCCUGGUCUGAAUCAGCCAUGUCUUCCUCCUGCCCUGCCCACCUGUCCCUCCAAUCCCCCACCUCCAGCUCUUAUGGGGCAACCCACCCCAAACCCUGGUGUCCCCCCUCUGCCUUCCAGCCCCUCCCACUUAAACCCAAAUCACAUCAUCUCAUCUGAAGGCUUGCUUGGACAAGACAAAGCAGCAUCACCUUCUCCCAGAAAGGAGCCCAUGCAGUUUGACCCAACUCUGAUGUUCCUUGAAUCCAGGGGGGAGGUUCAGGAUUGGCUAAAUGGCCAGGGAGGGGUGGUAGUACCUGGAGAAGGAGUGACUCUUCCCUACCUGCCCCCCUUUGUUAGCAGUCUGAGCACACUCACUGCACUACUGCGCUCCAAGAAGUCUCUAAGCAAACUGGCCAUGCAGUUGCUAAACAGAGAGUCCAGAUCCCAACCUAAACCCAGCCAGACCACAGCCAAACCUGACAGCUGCACCAAAGGGACAACCAGUGAGCCUCAGGACCUGCCAGACUCCACCUCUGACCUUAGACCAGCUUCUCCCACUGUAAGGUCUGAACCCCAAGAGGACCAGGAGGAAGAUGAGGAGAUUAUUGCAGCAUUACGUCAGCUUGUGGCCAAGCGUUUCUCAGAAAACCCUGCCUAUCAGCUGCUGAAGGCUCGCUUCUUGUCCUGCUUCACUCUCCCAGCCCUCCUGGCCACCAUGCAGCCAGAUGCAGAAAAGAUGGGGGCUGUCUCAACCACUGAGGAGGAGGAUGGGGGAGAGUUGGAGAAGGAUGAAGAGGAGGAGAAGCUGAAGAUAAUCAAAGAGAGAGCAGGAAAGAGGAAAAUUCAGAAGUCUUCACUGCUGUGUGACGGGUCACAACCUUCAGCCAAUCGCUUUUCAAGGAUGGACAUUCAUACAAACACACAAGACCAGAUCUUACCUUUGCAGUCUAAUGAAGACCACACAUAUGUACGCUGAAGUUUCUCAUGUGAAAAAAAUGUUCUUGUUAAACAAACGGGUUCUUAAAAAAAAAAAAAGUUAACCAAAAAGCAGUCCAUUUACCUUGGAAAGCUGUCUUCAUUGGCAAGCAACAAAAAUUGUCUCCCAAAUGUUAAGAGGGCAUGUUUUAUUUCUGCAAGCCAGGGUUGAGAUUUUAUUGAUGAUGUUCAUAGAGGUUGUUCUGUUUUUGAGUCUGAGUUAUAUUGUUUGAAAAACAUUCAAUUAGCAGCUGAAUGUUAAAAGAAACCGAAAAGUUAGUUUCAAUGGGUUGCAAAGAAAUUAAACUAGAUAUUCUAAAAGUUGAUUGAAGUUGAUUAAUGAUAUACACUGAAAUAGUUCAGAGCUAUUUGGUGCACUCAGGUACCUGAGUUUCAGGUUUAUAAAAAAGUCUUUGCACUAAGUUGUAUUUUGUUGUUUAACUGUAACUAAAUUUUAAGUAACAUUUAAAUGAUUUUUUUGUAAUAAAGAGAGUAUG